UCCUGAACCCACCACAACUGCGUCCGUUCCCAGCCCCAAGGCGGCGCCGCGGCGGCCACGCACCCACGACGAGCCGGCGGCCACGCAGGAGCGAGCCGGGCGAGCAGCUAAGCUCUGAGGUCACCUCCUGCUGCGGCUGCGCAGCGCGUCGCAUCGAGAGAGAACGGAGAGCGCGCAGACGGCGCUGUCGUGCGGCCUCGGGGCGGCGGAUUGUGCUGCCGGCCAGGUUUGCUUGCCCCUCAAUCUCAUCUCUGAGGGCUGAGGCUUCCAGUGACGUAUACUGUUUAAUCUUAAUUUCGAUGUUUUACUCCUACUAGUUAAUCUUAUUGUAUUCCAUGUUUUGUGUAGUUGCAUCAUUUAGAAUUGGAAGUUUAAGCAUAUUUUAGGCCGGGUCUGCACUGCAGUGUCAUGAUUCUCUCUUGGAUUCACCCUUGAAGCGUGAUUAGUAUGCCGGGUUGAUACAAUGAGGAGCUUGCGUGGACUCCUGUUGGUUUCUUCUGCUGCCGAAGCUGCCUUGAGUGCCAAUUGCUACGGGUCAUGGAGGAGGCAUUGCAUUCUAGCUGCACAUUAUCUUUCCACGAGCACAAGUACUGGUACUAUUCUGCCAUGGGAGUCACCCUCUCGUGAAACUCUGUUGAGGACGAUAGAUGUUGCUCUCAAGGAUGGCAAUGUCGACCAGGCGCUGCAAGCAUUUGGCAAUUACAAAAGCCUGCACGGUCUUCCCGAGCCGCGGAUAUUGAAUAGCGUGAUUGUGUCACUGUCCUACACAUCUAGUCGGAGGUGGCUUCAGAGAGCGUAUGACAUGGUUCUGUCAGUCUAUCAGAGUAAUGGCAAUCUUCUCAACUGUAGCUCACUGAUGAGGCUAGCGUUGGCACUUGCAAGAGAUCAGACGCCUGUCCCUGCCUCCGCAGUCCUGAGGAUAAUGUUGGAGAGUGGCAAGCUUCCUGAUGCUGAUAUGCUGAGUAUGGUGUUUUUGCAUAUGUUGAAGUCACAAGUAGGAUCCUAUCUUGCUGUUGAUGUUCUGGCUGAGACCUGCGAGUGUUUCUUGCAUCAAAUUUCAGAUAGGCGGCAGCUGAAAAAGUUGGACCCAAUAAAGAACAAUGUCGCCUUGUUCAAUAUGGUCUUGGAGUCAUGUGUGAACUUCAAAUGCAUGAUCAAGGCCCAGAAAAUAAUGGAGCUGAUGUCAUUGGUUGGAGUUGUGGCCGAUGUGAAUACAAUGGUGAUCGCUAGCCGUGUCUGUGAAAUGGUUGGGCAGCGAGAUGAGUUGAUGAGCAUGAAAAGAAGCAUUGAGUCGUUCUCCUCUUCGCCUUUCUUUCAGCAUUAUCUGCAACUGUAUGAUAGUCUAUUGAACCUGCAUUUCAAAUGCAAUGACAUGGAAGCUGCUGCAAAUUUUGUAACUGCUCUGCAUCGAAUACAAAAGUCAUGUGUUUCCUUCUGUGAUGGUUUGCAGAAACAAGGUAUGAUACAAAUUGGCUCCGCUAACCUAAAAACCGGAUAUAGAAUCAUGUUUGACCCCACAAAAUUGGAUAAAGGUUUUAGUUUGGAUUCAAAAAUCCAAUUUGGCCUUCUUGUUUCUAUCGAUGGGAAGUUUCUUCCUAGUGAAAAGGCUCUUGCUAAACUUAUUAUAGGCUGUGUGAAAGCGGCGAAACUGAAUACAUUGUCUAUGUUCUGUAUUACAUUACACAAGGAAGAUAUAAAGGGAAUUUCUGCUUCAGAUGUGAUUAAUGCAUGCAUUCAGAUGGGAUGGUUGCAAGCAGCUCAUGAUAUCCUGGAUGCUUUAGAGUCAGCUGAGAUUCCUGUCGGGAUUGGCACUUACAUGUCUCUUCUGAGAGCAUAUGAGAAAGAGCAGAAACCCAAUGAAUUUGAUGGGCUUCUCCAACAGAUACAGAAAAUGGCAUCUUCCAUGCCUGAGUUUCAUACUAGUCCCUCAUUUACUAUAAAGGACAUUGCCAAAAUAGCUAAGGAUGAGAUGCCCCAAACUAAAUCAUCUUUGCUUUCCAGUUUGGUUGAAGAAACUGAACACUAUAACCCUGGAGACCACUUAACCUUUGAGUUCAAUAAUUCAGUUCGUUUCUUCUGCAUGGCAAAAAUGAUGGAAGAUGCACUGAGCACAUAUAAGCGCAUGAGGGAGCAGAAUAUUAGACCCAAUCUGCAUACUUUUUGCCACAUACUGUGUGGAUAUUCGUCCCUAGGCAUGCAUAGGGAAAUUACCAUACUGUGGGGAGAAAUAAAACGCAGACUUGAACACGGAGAACUAUGUGUAGAUAGGGACUUGCUUGACUGCUUGGUUUUGGAUUUCCUCAAAGGUGGCUAUUUUUCAAGAGUGAUGGAGGUUAUAAAUUACAUGUCAACCCAUAACGUUUACUGUGACAAGUGGAAAUACAGGCAAGUUUUUCUGAAGCUACACAAGAAUCUCUACAGGAACUUGAAUUCGUUGCAUGACAAAACAGAAGCUCAGAGCAAAAGGAUAGAAGAUGUCCAAGCUUUCAGGUCAUGGGCAGGCAUCAAAUAGAUAAAACUGGUCACAGCAUUGUAAUUCUUUUGCUUUUUCAGUAACGAUAGUUCUGUUGCAUUGCCCAACAAUGCAGCGUUUUCUUCUUCUCCUAUGUAACAUAUCACCAAAAUAUUUGGUAUAAUGUUGUACUAUUCGUCUCUUGCUAUAUUAUUUCCAAUUUUGUUGAA